CCUCAGCAGCAGCGCGCGCGCAGUCCUCACGCACUCACUUACUCUCUCUCACUCACUCCCUCCCUACAAGCACGCUCGUGCACUCCGCGUGACACUCGGCUCGGGUGGGGGACUCGCGCUCUCCCCUUGUGUUUUUUUUUGGCAAACUGAGACCUCGCGCUCUUCCAACGGAAUAUACAAAACUUUAUAUCAUUUUGUCUUUGUAAGUUUUUCACCGGAGAAAAAAGGGUUUGGGUGAAUCAUGCCAGCUGACAGCAUGGAGAAACAGACCGCAUCUCCCAUCGCCGGUGCCCCCGCGAGCGGAUCCCACACGCCGGACAAGCCAAAGAGUGCCAGCGAGCACAGAAAGUCUUCAAAGCCCAUCAUGGAGAAAAGGCGCAGAGCCAGAAUCAACGAAAGCCUGGGGCAGCUGAAGACCCUCAUUCUGGACGCUCUUAAAAAAGAUAGCUCCAGACACUCCAAACUGGAGAAAGCUGACAUUCUGGAGAUGACAGUGAAGCACCUGAGGAACCUGCAGCGCGCGCAGAUGACCGCAGCGAUGUCAACAGACGCGGCCGUGCUGAGCAAGUACCGCGCGGGCUUCAACGAAUGCGUGAACGAGGUGACGCGCUUCUUGUCCACUUGCGAAGGCGUGAGCGCGGAGGUGCGCUCAAGACUCCUCGGACACCUGUCCGCAUGCCUGGCGCAGGUCAUAGCGGCCAGCGGCUACUCGCACCCAGCGCACGCGGCCCAGCAGGCGCACGUCGCCGCGCAGCAGCCCCUGCACGCGCAGCUGCCCGCCAGCGCCAAGCUCGGAGGCCCGUCCGAAGCAGCGUCGCCCAAAGUGUUCGGCGGCUUCCAGCUCGUGCCCGCCACCGACGGACAGUUCGCCUUCCUCGUGCCCAGCCCCGCCGCUUUUGGCUCCGCCACAGCACCGGUCAUCCCGCUCUACGCCAACGCGGGGCUGCCGCUCGCCGUCAGCGCGGGGCCCGUGCACGCCAGCGCCGCGCCCACAGCCGCCUCUCCGGUCCAGGGCAUGACCUGCUUCAACGGCGCGGCCAGAGCCGCCAGCCCCGUGGGAGUCAGCGCGGGGCCCGAGAGCAGCGAGCCCGUGUGGCGGCCCUGGUAGAGCCGCAGGCCUGCAGUUCAUCCCUCAUGAACAGUUGAACGUUGGGUUCCGUUUUAUGGGACUGUGCCUUCUCCCCUCUUUUUCCUCUUGUUGUUAUUGGAACAUGAUUCAUGUUGAAAUGUUCUUUAGUUCGUUUCCAAAAUUUGGAUUUUGAUCUGUAAACAUGCUGUUAAUUCCCUAGAAGAAAAAGAAAAAACACUCUAAAGUACUUUUUUAUGAGAUAAUUUAGUUUUGUACAAAGUUUGUAAAAGAUUGUUACAAGCCAAAGUGUUGUCAUGUUUUGAUUUCUAUGUUUGAUGCUAAAUAAAUCUAAAUAACA